CUGUUAUUUACACUAAAAUCUGUGAUAAUCUAGAUAAAGUGCAAAACGAAGAAACAUGGGAUCUCUGGGUCAUUCUGUCAAUAUUGGAGAGGCUGGGGAUACGGCACGCUUGGCCAAGUCUUGGAGGAUGCAUGAACCAUUGAAGACUGCGGACCCUGAGGUCUGGGCCAUAAUGCAGAACGAAAAGCAGAGGCAAAGGCUGGGUUUGGAGCUGAUUGCUUCUGAAAACUUCCCUAGCAGAGCUGUUAUGGAAGCCCUGUCUACCUGUCUCACAAACAAGUACUCUGAGGGUUAUCCAGGUGCAAGGUAUUACGGUGGGACGGAGUACAUCGACGAUAUGGAGCUUCUGUGUCAAGAGCGAUGCCUGCAGGCUUUCGAUCUAGACCCUGAAGAAUGGGGCGUCAACGUGCAGCCAUUGUCUGGCUCACCCGCCAACUUUGCUGUCUAUACAGGCCUCGUGGGGCCUCACGGUCGAAUCAUGGGCUUAGACCUGCCAGAUGGUGGUCACUUGACUCAUGGCUUUUUCACAGAGAAGAAAAAGAUAUCAGCCACAUCCAUAUUCUUCGAGUCGAUGCCAUACAAGUCUGAUCCAAAGACUGGACUGAUUGAUUAUGACCAACUAGAGACAUCGGCUCGCAUGUUUAAACCGAAACUUAUCAUUGCUGGAGUAAGGUCAGUAACAAAGACUGGUGAGAAGGUGAUGUACCAACUGGAAGACCCAAUCAAUCAGGCCUUGUUUCCAGGACUGCAGGGAGGCCCACAUAACAACCAGAUCUCGUCUGUGUGUGUGGCCAUGGGAGAAGCAAAAACUGACUACUACCGGGAAUACCAACAGCAAGUGGUGAAGAAUGCAGCUGCGAUGGCAGAAGGACUGAUGAAGCGAGGAUAUUCGAUCGUAACAGGUGGUACCGACAAUCACCUCAUGCUACUGGAUCUGAGACCAAUUGGUCUCAAUGGGGCAAGGAUAGAAAGAGUGCUUGAAGAUAUACACAUUGCUUGCAACAAGAACACAUGCCCUGGAGACAAGAGUGCAUUGAACCCAGGUGGAGUGCGGUUGGGUACACCGGCCCUUACGUCGCGAGGCUUUGUCGAGGCAGAUAUUGAGCAGGUCGUGGAGUUUAUCCAUCGAGGAAUCCUGCUCGCGAAGGCGGUGAAGUCUGCAGCGAAGGGCACCAUGCUCAAGGACUUCAAGGCGGCGUUGGAGACACCAGAGUUUCGCACCAAGACAGAAGCUCUUGGACAGGAAGUUCGAGAGUACGCUGCCAGGUUUCCGAUCCCUGGUAUUGAUGAGUACUAGUUUAGCAUGAUAAGAAACGUCAUUUUGCACAUGCGCAUUAACUUAAUAAUUGUAAUUUGUAAACUUUAACCUAUUAGCACAGGUAUGUUGCCUGUAAAUCAUAGCUAAACGCACAAAAUGUUAUAGCUAAGGUGGGUACCAUGUGCCAAAUUUUGUAUAAUAGUGUCUACCGUCCACCAAUGCAGAUACAUUUUGAAGGUGUUUGUUUGAUUAUUUAAUGCUAUGCACAAUAAGUCACUAUCUGAAGCUGCCUUGAAUGCAACAUGCAGCUCGUUGUGGGCAAGUGAUAUCAACUGCUCGUUUGUCGUGCAUUUAGAGGCCAUUACCAAGACAGCUUUUACAGAAGCAUUGCUUAUUUACCAAAGGUUAUUACAUCGAAGUGCAGUAUUGAGGGUCCGUCGUUAUUGUCUGCGAGUAGUGUUAGACGCAAACAAUCGUCAUGCCAGUAAAACAUGCCAUUGGAAAAGCUAGGGCAUCUGCGUUAAUGUAGUUCAAAUUUGUGUAUUUUUUCAUGCGUAGAUAUAAAUUGUAUUCAUGAAUUUCAUUGCUUUACACUUUUUGAUGUUUUACAAGUUCACUUAUAUAAGGCCAAUGUGUGCAGCUACUAUGCAUGGUAAUUGGAGAAGCUGGCAUUGCUAACUCAUUUUUUGUAGUUUGCAUAUUUAUUAUAUCAAGAAUAUAUGAUAAACAAAUGAAUGCAACUUAAUAAUGGAGGCAAUUUUACCAGCUGUUUAUCAUGUGUUCUAUUGAAUCAGUCACUGUUGAUUCCCUGGUAUUCCUGAUUAUAUUAAUAUAAAAGUUUGGAAUAGAUUUUUAUAUUCACAAAAUUCA